AUGAAGAAACUCUUCUUCAGUCGAGCAGCCUCAAUGCUGCUCCUGUCGAAGGUGUCAGUGUGCAACGACGCUGGUUCUGAUGGUGGGAUGAAUAAGGGGAGCAGACGGGAUGCGGCCGCCUCUUUCUAUGUUUUGUACUUGAUCUUGACCACAGUCAGGGCGAAUCUGCAAGACCCUCACGAAACAAGGGGGGGAGUCUCCGAGGACCUUUCUGGGUAUCCGAAGAGAAGAGAAGAUCGUACGAGCAGAGCCCGGACCGUCACUCGUCUUGCGCGUCUUGCUCGCGGUCUCCGUUUCGAACAGAAACCUGCUGUGACUAAGCCGGUACAUAUGAACGACAGACCGUUCCGGGUCGCCGCAGCAAGAAGGAGACUGAGGACGGCGAUCGGGCGACAGCGGCUUCCCAAUAGGAAUCAUUGUUGGGCAGAAAUGGGCCAUCGGUACCCAAAGGCAUGCUUCGAGCCAGUAGCUAGCCGCGGGCUCACAGUUGCUCCCACGCCCAUGCUAGGGUCCAGCUCAAACCCCGUGAGCAGUGGGCAGUGGGUAAACACCUCCGUGAGAAAUCCCGUUUCCACGGACGCCAGCCUAAAUUCAGCCCACUCGCCGGCGAGGCGAGCAUCCUUUGCGCAGCAGUUAUCCUGGUGGAGUGAUGUUGCGCCCCGGCAGGCUUGA